UUGUGGUUAAUUAUAAAAUGUACUUUGCCUGCACGCAUAUUAACAUUAUAUAGGAGAUUAAUUUAUCCAUCGGUCAGCUAAUUUUAGCUGCUUGUAUGUACCGACAGCAACUCCCGGCUGGAUUCACAACAUUUUUUGUCAUGUGUUAAAAUGAUCCUGUUAACUGCAGUUAAAACUAAUCUAGUCCUCAGACUAGAAAGACACAACAGUUGUUUCUUUUAAUGAAAAUGUGAUUCACUUAUAUGAAAGCCUGUCAAUAUUCCGGAACUUUAAUGUCAGCUCUGAGCCACUUUAAUUGUUGGAUAAAAGUGAAAUAUAAGAUUGUGUGCUGUUGUGGGGCAGAAUAAUUGCUUUGACCCAGAGUACUCCUGCCAGAAGAUGACAGAUGCCUUCAGUAGCAGCAGUGAGGCAGUUCUUCAGCGCACCGUCAGUGUGUCCUCCAUCAGGACGGCCAGCCAUGCUGGGAAUCUGCUGCAGCUCUAUCAGAUAGCUGAGACCUGUCAAUUUAUCACUAGUAAUCAAUUCAAGAAGGUAGCCUUACAGUUUCCAGAUGAACUCCUGCCUGAUGCUGUCCGGGUCUCUGUCGAAAUAGAGAAGGAAACACAAGCCAAGACAUUCAUUUUAGGAGAUACGUCCUACGGCAGCUGUUGUGUGGAUGAGGUAGCAGCAGAACAUGUGAGAGCAGACUGUAUAGUGCAUUAUGGGCCGUCUUGCCUCAGCCCACACAGAAGACUACCCCUACUAUAUGUGUUUGGGAAGAGGCCCAUUGAUGUCCAGCAGUGUGCUGUAGCCUUUAAAGAGCUUUACCCUGACCACCAAAGUCAUGUCAUUGUACUGUAUGAUGUGACCUAUUCACACGCUAUAGGUGAUCUCAGGACACUUUUGCAUGAUAUCUACCCCAAUGUUGUGGUCUCCCUUCUAAAAACAGAUCAUUCUUGUGGUGCUGAGCUUAUAGAAGACAGCUGUGUGGACAUUGAUCACAGAAAUUCACAGGAUAGAGACAUUUUUAAAUUUGGCAGAGAGUUUAGUGUGAAAGCAGGGCAGAGUGUCAAUAAUUACAGUAUGUUUUACAUUGGCCAGGAAGGCUUGACUCUUACAAACUUCAUGAUGACUUGGAACCAGUGUGCCUUCAGCUCAUUCAAUCCAGAAACACACACAGGACGAGUGGAAUCGGUUCAGAUCAACAAGGCACUGAUGAAACGUUAUUAUGCCAUCGAGCGGGCCAAAGAUGCCGGGGUGGUGGGCAUUUUGGUGGGCACCCUGGGUGUCUCUAACUAUCUCACCAUCAUAGAGCAGCUAAAAGACAUUAUUCACAAAGCGGGCAAGAAGAGCUACAUGUUUGCAAUGGGAAAGAUCAAUGUUCCCAAGCUCGCUAACUUCUUAGAAAUUGACGUUUACGUGUUAGUUGCCUGUCCUGAGAACUCACUGCUGAAUUCGAGUGAAUUCUACAGACCUGUGGUGACUCCCUUUGAGAUGGAGUUGGCAUGCAAUAAGCACAGAGAGUGGACCGGAGAAUACGUCACAGACUUCAGAGAUUUACUGCCUGGUGGACGCAGUCAUGUGGGAUUCCCUGAACGAGACCCGUCUGCCAUUGAGGAAGAGACCACAGAUGUCUCUCUAAUCACUGGAGCUCUGCGAACAUGUUCUACCACCUCACUGGAGAUCAUAAACGGCACAUCAGAGUCUUCUUCACUCGUCCCGAGAAAUCAGACUCUCACUGUGGCCAACACAAACACAGCAGCAUCAUUUUUGUCUGGUCGUAGUUGGCAGGGAUUGGAGCCCAAACUGGGGCAGACGCCAGUGGUAAAAGCUGUGGAAGGACGGAGAGGCAUUGCCAUCGCUUAUGAGGAGGAGGGUGCGGGAAAUAAAGACGCUUCAACACCUCUUCAAAAUUCAUAAGUCAUUUAUUAUCGGAUCAUAAGAAAUCAUCAAAGAACUACUUUCACACUCACAGCAUUUGAACUGCAUUAAUAAAUUGAAAAGUAUGUAACUGUCUGUUAUAAUACAGAAUAUCUUUGGUGACUUCCUUCUGCUACUGGUCAAAAAUUAAGAAAGGUAAUUUAAUAUUGUUAAAUAUGAGAAUGUUACGUUGUUGUAAAUUAGAAAGCAAACAAGAGAAAUGUAUAUUGUGUCAAAAGUGAUUCAACGUUGUCUUGUGUCUUUAUAUUCAAACAGAAUAAAAUAAUUUUUCUGAUUUAAUCAAAAA